ACAUUAUUUGAUAAUUUUGUGAAGUCUCGCGAACUGCGAGAUUUGAUAGUGAAAGAGAAAAGAUGGCGACGUCCUUGGUGUUCAGACAGCUCCUGAAACACCAGUUACCAUGGCACCCAGAGAACCCCCGACUGAAGGUGCUGCUCACCCCCUUCUGUAUCAAGUUGGUACGGCCCGGCAAGCCCCAGCCUCCUGAUACCUUACAGUUCCGCAUACCUAUGGAGAUGGGGAGACAAGAACUGAAAAUCUACCUAGAAGAGCUGUACAACAUUCCUGUGGCAGACAUCCGUGUGAGAAUACAGAUGGGAAGGAGGAAAAGAAACUGGCAGAACAGAAUAUACUGGAAUUCUGAAGACCACAAAGUAGCUUAUGUUGUUAUGAGAGAUGGACAGACCUUUGAGUUUCCUGAUCUGUUUGCUCCGAAAGAAGAAAAGACGGAGAUAGAAAAGAUGGAGGAUGAAAUGUACGAGAAGGCAGCUGCGAAACAAAGAGAAGCAACCAGGAGAGGAGGAAUAAACAGCUGGUUUUGACUUUAGAAUUAGCCUUUAAUUUUGAAGUGCAUGUACAGUAGAAGCUGAUUUAGAGAUUUAGUCUAAAAAAAGCAUCUCCCUGCUGCCUUACCUCAUAACUAGUGUAUAUUUGGAGCCAGCAUAGAGAGGAUAAAAUAUGACUUAAUACUAUGUUUGAGCAACUUGUUUGACUGGGUAUUUGUAUACUUAGACAAAGAUUUAGUACAUACAUGUAGCACUCAAGCCUCUGUGCUAUGGCUAUUCUAAGAAACCUUUCAGUCUGAGAAUGCAAAAUGUGUAGAAUUUACAGAAAGAAGACAUUUUGUUCAAUAAAAAAAAUAUUGAUGCACA